AGUCGAAAGAGCGAUAGUGCAGUAAAGAGCUCUGGGGUGUGAGAAAUCCCGUCUGUGUUUAAAGAUAUACAUUUAUUCUUGGGAAAUCCCACCUGUGUUAUAAAGAGAUACAUUUUUUCUAAGAUUACCCAUGUCUCAUUACGAAAAAGAGCAAGAGCGGCUUAUGACACUCUGGGACGAAGAAAUUGAUGACGAUGAAGAGUUUGUGGACUCAGGUUAUGAUGAAGAGGUGGAUCACCUAAGUGUUCACAGUUAUCAUUCCGAUCUUGAAUGUGACGACAAUGUAACAGAAGACGCUGGCCAGAGAAGUACAAAUGCGUUUUAUUUGUGUAAGGACAAUAAAACAAAAUGGAAUAAACAUCAUGCUAAUAACAAAGUCAGAACCAGAUCAAAAAAUAUAAUUUCACAAUUACCAGAGCCCAAAUCCUGUGCCAAAAACAAAAAAACUGCAUUAGACCGCUGGCUUCUCUUUUUUGAUUCAAUGAUUAUUGAAAUUAUCACCAACUGUACCAACAAUGUGAUACGCCAAAAAGCCACAGCUUAUAAAGAGAAGUACAAUUGCGGCGAAACCAAUAUUAUUGAAAUGAAGGCAUUGUUUGGUAUUCUUUAUCUCGCUGGUGUGUAUAGAAGUGGGCAUCGCCAGCUGCGAGAUCUCUGGCGAACAAAUGGAACCAGGAUUGAUAUUUUCCGAACAGUUAUGGCUUUCAAUAGAUUUUCAUUUCUUCUUCUAUACCUGCGUUUUCAUAACGUUGAAAAUAUACAAGCAAGACUUCAAGUGGAUAAACUUGCCGCUAUAAGGGCAGUGUUUGACAAAUUUGUUUCAAACUGUCAAGAAGCAAAUACACCAGGAGAAUAUAUGACAAUUGAUGAGACGCUCGCACAUCUUAUAUCUACAAUAUGGAAGUAUAUGUAGGAACUCAGCCUAACGGUGUAAAUUAAUUAAGCAAUAAACCUAUCGACAUAGUACAAAGACUUGUAGCACCAAUUUCUGGGAGUCAUCGCAAUAUUACUUUUGAUAAUUGGUACACCUCUUAUGAACUAGUAAAUAUUUUGCGUGAGACAUAUGGUUUGACUUCAGUAGGAACUCUCAAAAAGAACAAAACACAAAUUCCAUUAGCAUUUUUGCAGAUAAAGAGCAGGAAACCAAAAUCAUCAAUGUUUGGAUUCCAAAAACAUAAUACCAUAGUUUCUAACGUCCCAAAGAAAGGUAAAAUUGUGAUCUUACUCUCCUCCCUUCAUCUCGAUGACACAAUCGAUAAAUCCACUAGUGACAAAAAUCUACCAGAAAUCAUCAGUUUCUAUAAUUUCACAAAGGGAGGAGUGGAUACAGUGGAUCAAUUAUCAGGAAGUUAUAGUGUAGCGCGUAACUGCAGACGAUGGCCGCUAAGAAUUUUUUUCGCUCUAAUGGAUUCAGCUGGAAUAAAUUCCCAAAUAAUAUACAGAGAAAAUACUAAUGAUAUUUCCAAGAAACGACGAAUAUUCCUUGAAGAACUGGGACUUGCAUUAGUUUAACCAACUUUGCAAGCAUGAAAAAAAAAUCCGCGAAUUUCGAAAGAUCUAAGCCUCAAGAUCUUCGGGGAAACAGAGCCUCCGCCAGCUAAAAAACAAAACAUCAGACAAGGAAGAUGUCAACAUUAUCCCUGAAGUAAAGAUAAAAAAUCGAAUUACAGUUGUGACACAUGCGGAAGAUUUAUUUGUUUGAAUUACCUACACUUCUUUUGCGAAAGCUGCUGCAAUUUGCGAAAUUAAUAACUUUUUUUGUUUGUUGAUAUGCCACAUAUUACUUUUCUAGCUGAUAACUUGAACAUCUGCUUUAUUAGUUCUCCAUAAAGUCCUACAGAAUUGAAUGUUAUAUAUUUUUUCAACAGUUUUCAUAGAUUUUGUGAUUUUUUUAUGUGAGAAUUUCCAAAUUUAACUUUUUUAUACAAAUAAAUUCAACUUAUUAUAAAAA